CAUAGAGUAAGAAACUAUCAAAAACAGAACAUGUGAUUUUUUGACCUAAACCACUAAAACUGCUCGUACUGUAAAAAUUUUGUCCUGGAAGAUAAGGUCCCUUUUCCUUUGGCGGGUCACUUAUGGAGGUACCAAGCACUACACGUGAAUGGGAAAACAUACAAAGAAGCUUCGAUGUAAAAUGGAAUUUUCCAUCAUGCUGUGGAGCCCUCGAUGGGAAGCAUGUCGCGAUAAAAAGACCACCUGGAUCUAGCUCUGAGUUCUUCAACUACAAAGGAGGUUACAGCAUAAUUUUGCUGGCAUUAGUAGAUGCAGAUUACAGUUUUUUGUACAUCGAUGUUGGAUCAAACGGCAGAGCAAACGAUAGCAGCGUCUACCGACUAUCUUCACUAAAGAGAGCUAUGGAUUCAAAUCAGCUUAAUUGGCCGAAUGACUAUGUAAUAGUAGCAGAUGAUGCCUUUCCGCUCAGCAUAAAUGUGAUGAAACCCUACUCUAAAAGGAACUUGACACUAGAAGAGCGUUUAUUCAAUUACCGCUUAUCACGGGCUCGUAGGGUUGUUGAAAACGCGUUCGGUAUUUUGGCAUCACGGUUCAGAAUAUUUGAGAAAUCCAUUGAUCUCAACCUUCCAACAGUAGACUUGAUUGUUCAGUGCACAUGCAUACUUCACAAUUGGUUCCGCACUACAUCGUCCACAACUUAUUUGGAAAAAGGAAGCGUUGAUUUUGAGGAUACAGAAACGGGGGUCAUUCACCCUGGAAGGUGGCGGUCAACCCCCACUUCUUUGCCGUCUUUGACCGUUGACCGCUCAACAAACCCUUCCUCUAAGAGUGCGUCUGAUAAAAGAGACAAGCUUGCUACCUACUUCAUAGGUCCUGGUUCCGUCCCCUGGCAAAAACAAUCGAUUGGAUUUGAAUAGUUGAAAAAAGAAGACAUUCAUGAGUUUCUUGUAAACAUAUUGAUUUCUUAGUGUUUCAUUAAAAUAUGUACCGUUGUGCAUUUGUAGUAAAUUAAUAAAAUAUAUUAUUACCUUGUA